CAUACAACUCAAAAUCAAAAAAAGCUUGAGAACCACUGCUUUACACUUUCUUUACAAAAUCAAAUAUUACGUUUACACGCAUGCUUGUGUUAUUUUCAAUAAAGAAGUAGAACUCAAGUCUGUAAGACUGCUGACAUUUUUAUCCCUAAACAGUUGACUUGAUAUAGGAACACAAGUGAAUGCAAACCUUCAUUUCCUUAAUCGUUUUUACUGUCAACAAGACUUACACUAAACACAGCAGCUAAAACUCUCCAAAACAUUGAACAUUACACAAUAAUGACCCAUUAUUCUCAACCCAACAAAAAAGUAACCCUAACCUAUUUUAAAGUGGUUUAUGUUUAGCCCUUUACACAGAAUACAGAAAUGACAUAACAAAAUACAUUAAAACAAAUACAGCAUCAAUGGAACCAAGCACAAGUAUUGCAAUACACAUAGAACACUGAAUAUGAUAUACAAACCAAACCAACAUCACUUUGCAAGUUGCCUCCGGGCGGGAUCGAACAUGUAUAUUUGUGCUUCAAAUUUCUGCACACUAUCCAGUGCACUACACUGCCACAAGGUUGACAGUAGUCUCGCGUAGCCUGGACUCCAUGGCAGCUUUCAUUGACCAAGGACCGCCCAUGAGACCGUUUGACCGACAUGUAAAACAACCAAUCACAGUUCUCUUUGUUCAGCGUCACGUUUAGGGGCGUGGAAAUAUCCCCACAAUAACAGACCGGCGUGCAACCAGUAAGUCAUUAGAGUAACCCGCAUUGAAAGUCAAAGAAUAGAAGGAAGAAGUCAGUCAUUUAUUCACGAACGUCGCAAAGUUUAUAACAACAAUGGCGCAUCAGUCUCCAAAAGUAGCUCUUAGCAAAACACCUAGGAAAUCGGUUGUAAACAUAUGCAGACUUUGUUCAGAGAACUUAAAAGCAUCUAAAACAAACAAACACAGAUUAUUUUUUGUGACACAAGUUUGGCGAUCUGCACCUCUCGCCGAAGUCUAUUAAUGAGGUACAGCAGCGUUUCCAAAGAAGUUGUACGACUAAACUUGCAUAUAAAUGACAUGUGUAGUAUGACUUACCGUUUCCGAAUGCAGCCCUGCAAGACGUGAAUUGUUUGACCGACCGUCACCUGAUGUAAACACUGCGUCAACAUAUGUACAGUAUACUGUUAGUAGUAAAACUGUUGUUAUGGUGAGUUCGUCACAGAAAGUUCAGCAGACAAGGGGUGUAAAGAGACCUAUGAGGACCCUAGUAAAUAAUAUUACCAGGGGAUGCUACAAUGCUUUGGCCAAGAAUUUAAUGAAAAUUCAUGGGCAGUCCCAGUUGGUCAUUGAUGUGGUCCUCAAGCAAGUUGAGAAGGAAUGUCGAAUUUUAACAGGCAACAAAUUCCAUUCUGUAGUACAACACACUACGCCAUCGCACCUCGCUGAUUUUAAGUGUGAACAAGUGUUGGCUAAAUGGAGGACUGCAGCACCAAAAUGUAUGCAGUUCCUAAAAUGUGCAAGUGCAGCAACAAACUUGACCAAGCAUAACACUAAAGGAGCAAGGAUUCAUAAAAGAAGAUCCUGGAGCAGAAAGAAGCCAGAGGUGACAAUGGCUGGCCUGAUACUUCUUAAAGCAAGGUCAAAAUGCAUGGCAUCUCCUAUGUACCGAAAUUCAAUGGUGUUGAAACAUGGUGGUUCAAAGAAAAGAUGCAUUGACAGAUUCAAUAGGAUUGGAGUUUGUGCGAAUCACUCAGCAACCCUAAAGAAGAUCAAAGAGAUUACAGAUACAUGGGAUGCUGGAAUUCUAGAAUGGAAAAAAGUGUGACAGCCUAAGCCUUGAAGACUUGUCAUGGAUGGAUGAACCAGGUUGCAGCUCUUCUUUCCUAUCUGAUCAUACAUACCACCAUGAAGAGAAAGAAGUGGUAGAAGUCUUCAUUGACACCAGCAGUGAAAGUGAAGGGGAGCUCACAGAUCAUGACACAAGAGCUUCUAGAAGAACUGAGUCAGGCUGCACAGAUGAGUCGUCACCAACUGCAAUGGCACUGGAGUCUCAGGAACACACACCCAGGACACCUGUGCAGAUCACGAUUGAUAAUUUGGAUCUCAUAGUGACACCACAUACAAUGACCAUCAGCCAUCAACGUAUGGACUACCACUGGCUGCUGAUGGUGGGCAACCAUGAACGAGUGAGUGCUGAUUUCUUACCCAGAGAGAGCUUUGUGUCUAUAAUGGAUGUACCACUCUCUGAAAUUUUAACAAACUUGGAGGACAGACAGAUGCUCCACUCCGAAUUUAAAGUAUUGGUUGGUCAUGUAGUAGUUCAGCGUUUUGCUGCAUUCAGACAGUUUUCCAACAUCGUACAGUGGCACAUUCCUCAUCUGUACAGUGACAACAUGGCACAAAAGACAGAAAUCACUCCUCUGGGACUUCUUGAGGUGGAUAAGAAGGUAUCUGCAGAUAUGGUGAAAGCAAUGCAGUACAUCAAUCAGCGAUACAUUCCUUACAAGUCUGAUUUAGAUAAUGGAAAUGACAUCUCAAAGCCAGUAGUACAUGUGAUUUUGGCUGGUGACCAACUGACCAAGCAGAAUGCUGAUGCUGCCAUCAGAGCAAAAGCAAAUGAAGACACAUCAUUCGAAAGAUAGGAAGGCCUAGUUCCAGUUAUUGUGGACUUUCAUUGUUCCAUGAACUUCAAUUACAUAAUUUUUAAAAGAUUCUACAAUUCAUGUUCACAAUGUGAUUCUGGUUCUUUGUUCCACCUCAGAAAUGUUGUCCACAUGACCAAUGUGACUAAAUCAGCCUUGGGGGACAACUAUAGGCCAUGCAACACUUUCAUCCAAGAUGUGCUGGAUGCAUCCAUCAUUGCCGUUGGUCUCCAUCAUUUCUCAUUACACACAGAGGAGGACAUGCCAGCAUCCAUGCCAACCUCUUUUCUCUCCAAUGAGGAGAAGCAAGAUUGGUUUGAUGAACAACUCCUAAACAUCGUUGACACAUACAUUCUCAAUGAAUCUCCAGAAUUUCAUAACAUGUUGCAAGGCAAUCUCCAAAAUCCUCCACAGAGCCCAGUUGUACCUCAACCAAUUGUGUGACAGAUGCCAAGGUGCAACCAUCCACCUUUCAAAAGACAACAUGAUCUAACAGAACACUUCAAGAAAGACCAUUGCAUUUCUGUGUGUGAUCACAAAGAAAAAAGUGGUGUCAAUGCUGUUGAACAGCACCAAGAAGAAGAUUAUAUACAACUAUCACAGUGCCUUCUUAAAGACGGGGCUUUUGGAGCGUGACUUCCAAGACUCUGUGAGAGAGGGGGAUGGAAAAAGGACCUGCCGUCUUUGGAAAUUUAAAAUUCUUCAUUUUAAAGAGGCCCAGAGACACAAGUACAGCUUGGAGGCUCUGAAAUUACAAUUUGACCUUCAAGCACUGCAGAGUCCACGAGUCGGCCACAGAAUGAUGUGGAACAGAACUGUAAAUGUUACUGGGGGUGCUGGCAAGAACGUGGCAUUGGAUCUGAAUUGCGAACAUUAUGUUUGUUACGCAAUCUCAAAUCUGGGUGCAAAUGUAAAUUUCCAAAGCACGCAACAAAUCAGCAGAACACUUCAAAGGCAGAGAAAGAUAAUGGACAAUUAUGAUACAGAUGUUCAGCUAACUCCAGAAUCUUGGAAACACACAAUGGCAUCCAAGGAGGAAGACAUCAAUGCAAUGGUCGCUGUACUGAAACAACAAGAAAUCUACAAAGUCACACCUGGUAGAUGUUAUGCUGCUUUUCCGUCAUUUAACGCAAAUCCACUUCACAACCUUACAUCCAGAU